CUCCGCAUCACCUCUUCCGCCGGGAGUUCCUUAUCCGCACACAACAAACACAACAUCUAAACAUUCACCAGCGGAGGACAACCUGCAAAGCCUCGCCUCAUAAUUUAAGCAGUUGCUGGAUUUCUUUCUUCUGAAACCAGUUAGUGGAUACGCAGCCGAUAUACACGUUUAAUCGUUCAUUGAUCGAAACACCGACAGAAUAUUAGGCCGAAAACAAUCUAUUUCUGAAGUGUAUUCUGAAGUAUUUUCACGAUGACUGAUCCUGCCACAGAAUGUAAUAUCAGGGUUCUCUGUCGCUUCCGCCCCCUGAAUCAAUCCGAAAUUCAGCGCGGGGACAAAUUUCUUCCUAAAUUUCAAGGAGACGACGCCGUCGUCAUCGGGGGAAAGUCCUACACUUUUGAUCAUGUGUUUCCCACAAACACCACGCAAGAACAGGUGUACAACACCUGCGCCAAGCAGAUCGUCAAAGAUGUCCUGGGGGGGUACAAUGGUACAAUAUUCGCCUAUGGACAGACCUCCUCUGGAAAGACCCACACCAUGGAGGGUAAACUCCACGACCCGCAGCAGAUGGGAAUAAUCCCUCGGAUAGCCGAGGACAUCUUCAAUCACAUCUUCUCCAUGGACGAGAACCUGGAGUUCCACAUCAAGGUUUCCUAUUUUGAAAUCUAUAUGGAGAAAAUCAGAGAUCUUUUGGAUGUGACAAAGACCAACCUGGCUGUGCACGAGGAUAAGAACCGCGUCCCCUAUGUCAAGGGCUGCACUGAGCGUUUUGUGUCCAGUCCAGAGGAGGUGAUGGAUGUGAUUGACGAGGGGAAAUCCAAUCGUCACGUUGCUGUCACCAACAUGAAUGAGCACAGCAGCCGUAGCCACAGCAUCUUCCUCAUCAGCAUCAAGCAGGAGCACGUGGAGACGGAGCAGAAGAUCAGCGGCAAGCUCUACCUGGUGGACCUGGCCGGGAGCGAGAAGGUCAGUAAGACGGGAGCAGAAGGUGCAGUGUUGGACGAGGCUAAAAACAUAAACAAGUCCCUGUCGUCACUGGGAAACGUCAUCUCUGCGCUGGCUGAGGGAACGAAAACCCACGUGCCAUACCGCGACAGCAAGAUGACCCGCAUCCUGCAGGACUCCCUGGGGGGGAACUGCCGUACCACCAUGUUCAUCUGCUGCUCACCGUCCGGCUACAACGACGCCGAGACCAAGAGCACGCUGAUGUUCGGACAACGGGCGAAGACCAUCAGGAACACGGCCUCGGUGAACCUGGAGCUCACGGCGGAGCAGUGGAAGAGGAAGUACGAGCGGGAGAAGGAGAAGAGCACGGCGCUGAAGGAGAACGUGCAGCGGCUGGAGAACGAGCUGGAGCGCUGGCGCAGCGGGGAGGAGGUCCCAGAGACAGAGCAGCUCGGCCCAGAGGAGGUGAGGGCGGAGUCAGGAGAGGACACGCCCCUGGAUAACAGAGGCUCCUCCUCCAUCGUGGUGCGGAUCUCUGAGGAGGAGCGGCACAAAUACGAAGAGGAGAUCCGCAAACUGUACCGCCAACUGGACGACAAGGAUGAUGAGAUUAAUCAGCAGAGCCAGCUGGUGGAGAAGAUGAAGGAUCAAAUGCUGACUCAGGAUGAGCUGCUGCAGUCCUCUCGGGGGCACAGUGAGCGUGUGCAGAUGGAGCUGGGCCGGCUGCAGGGAGAGACGCAGCGCGCCAACGGGGAGGUGAAGGAGGUGCUGCAGGCGCUGGAGGAGCUGGCGCUCAGCUACGACCUGAAGAGCCAGGAGCUGGACCAGAAGGGCCUGCACAACAAGCUGCUCGCUGACGAGCUGUCGCAGAAGAUGGCCAUGCUGAUGUCUCUGGAGGCGGAGCUGUGCUGCAUGCAGGAGGAGAGCGCGCAGCAGAGGAAGCGCAUCGCUGACGUGCUCAACGGCCUGAUGAGGGACCUGAGCGAGUUCAGCAGCAUCGUGGGGAACGGAGAGAUACGCCUGCCAGUGGAGAUCAGCGGGGCGAUCGAGGAGGAGUUCACGGUGGCGCGGCUCUACAUCAGUAAGAUCAAGUCGGAGGUGAAGUCCAUGAUGAAGCGCUGCAAGCACCUGGAGAACCUGCAGCUGGAGUGCCACCGCAAGAUGGAGGAGACCAGCCGAGAGUUGUCCUCCUGCCACCUGCUCAUCUCCCAGCACGAGGUGAAGAUCCGCUCCCUGACGGAGUACAUGCAGAGUGUGGAGCACAGGAAGAGGCAGCUGGAGGACAGUUAUGAUGCCCUGAGUGACGAGCUGGACCGCCUGCAGGCCCCGGAGAGCGGACAGGGAGGGUCAGCCAAGAGAAAGAUACUGGACUCUGAGGAAGGAGAUGAUCUCAAGAAUGCAGUGGAUCAGCGCAUGGAGAGCCAGCGGGACUCGCACCACAGGCAGUUGGGACGUCUACGGGACGAGAUCAAUGAAAAACAUAAGCUCAUCGAUGACCUCACAGAUCGGAACCAGAAGCUGGAGUUGGAGCUGGAGCAGCUCCGGGUGGAGUUUGAGUGCCUGAGGAGCCGGGAGCACCACAAGAGCGAGAGACUGGAGGAGCUAACAUUUAUGCACGAGCGUCAUGAACAGUCCAAGCAGGAUCUCAAGGGCCUGGAGGAGACUGUGGCCCGUGAACUCCAGACCCUCCACAACCUGCGCAAGCUUUUUGUUCAAGACCUCACAAAUCGAGUCAAGAAAAGUUCAGAAAUGGAGGCUGAUGAUAGUGGGGGGUUUACCACCCAGAGGCAGAAGAUUUCCUUUCUUGAGAACAACCUUGACCAGCUUACUAAAGUUCACAAACAGCUGGUACGUGAUAAUGCAGACCUGCGCUGUGAGCUUCCGAAGCUGGAGAAACGUCUUCGCUCUACGGCUGAGCGGGUCAAGGCCCUGGAGGGCGCACUGAAGGAGGCCAAGGAGGGGGCGAUGAAGGACCGCCGCCGCUACCAGCAGGAGGUGGAGCGCAUCAAGGACGUGAUGAGGGCCAAGGCCCCGCUGCGGCGCCCCCACAUGGCGCAGAUCGCCAAGCCCAUCCGCCCGGGACACUACUCCGCCUGUUCCCCGACCAACCCGCUGAUCACGCGCACAAACGAGCCAAUCACCUUCAGCAACGCGCUGUUCCACCGCUCAGCCCCGCCCCCGGCCCCGCCCUGUGCUCCCAGCAUGCCGAGCGUCACGCAGAGUCACGGCAGGGUGACUGACAGCAAAAGCAGCACUGUGACCAACCCCACCAAGGGCCUGGACUCCCACCUGCUCAAUGUGGAAAAUGGAAACGCAACAGACAUCAAUGAUAAUGACAGGGGCAGGGUGCAUUGUGGGAGUGAAAUGGAGGACUCCGCCAAUGUUUACCUGAUCCAGCGGCAGAGCGCAGCAAGCUAGUGAUCUGAUACAGGUGCCUGCAGGUGAUCUGCUGUAGCCCUCCUGUGUAAAUCUGCAUGCUGUCCAUCAGUACUAGCAGCACAUUAAUUCUCCAUUAUGCACUUUCCUUCCAGUAGAGAUGUACAGUACACUAAAAUAGUGCACUCAGCAGAGUGCAGUGCUGCAUGUACGGGUUUAAUGUGUGUGUUCAAGUCUCUGUGCUGUUUCAGUCCUUACCUGUGAACUCAGCUGUCUCACCUCCCCUGGCAUGUACACACACACACACACACACACACAUAUACAGACACACACACACACACACACACAUACAGACACACAUGCACACACACACAGUACAUACACACACACACGGCGCACACACAUAUAGACAUGUAUGUACACACACACACA